GGUCAAUCUUGGACAAGCACGCUUGCGGUCUGGUCCCUGUUUCUGUUACUUAACUUUUCUCACCAUGGCAACGUGGAGCAGCGUCGAUUGCGUAUAGAGUGGAGGCUGCGGAGGGUACAGACGUGAGCGUUGCAGUGCAUGACUGGCGUUUUGUGCUCAUCGGAUACCCUGUGAUUUUGUAGCAUCGCCACGGCACCUGAGCACAGUGUCGGUUGGCAAUAGAAGCGUAUGCAUACACUAGUAUGCCACAUGUACAAACGAGUGCGGACCACAUAGUCGGUGAGGACAGCAGGUCCAGAGUGCAGAUCCAAGUCUGUGCGCCAAGGAUCGUGAGUCUUGGACGCCAGGGGAAAGGCCCGGUGACUCUGGGGUUGAAUGAUUUAGUGAUGCGCUGGAACAAUGGCGCCAUGUCACACAGUCACGCAGACACGCGGCGCUUCGGCCAACGGAGAAGGUGCUGGCGCCUCGCGGGGGAAAUGAGAAAGGGGCUGGUAUUGAUCCGCUGUCGAAUCGACCGGGUGCCUGGCCGCCUGGCCUGGUGCACGUGGUGGGUGAGGAAGCGAAUCGCCUCCGCCAGUGCCAGCCUUCACGAUGCUCGACGUCAUGCGGUGGGCUCAAUCGAGAUCGGACGCCGAGGGAUCUGGCGAGAGAAUGUUCUCAGCGCGCGUGGCCGCAGCCAGCGGCGCGGCGGAGAUGGUGUUUCCGCAGCAAUAUCCGGGGCUGCACAGGCGGUGGUGUGCUCGUAAUGAGUGUGAAUUGCAUCAGCGCAAACAAAGCAGCUCGCACUGCACGUCGACACGGCAGCGGCACCAGCAGAACCUGGGGGCGGGCGCCAGGC